AUGGCAAAUUCUUAUGUCACUACAUCUGAUGGUUACUGUUUUGCUGAACCAAUGCAGUACUAUGAUAUUCUGCCAGAGCAAAUCAACUAUCAGCUGCACGACACUGAUUUUCAAGAAUCAGCUUAUUGCCAGUACUCUACGGUCCAGUUUCCAACAGCUCUGCAGUCUCAAUCUUUACAAAGUCAUUUCAACACUUACAGCUUGGAUCCACAGUUUGGUGGUGGAGAGUGUGUAUUUGGUUCCUAUGAACUAAAUAAACCCACUUAUGUGGUUGACCAUGAUGCUGAAGAUGGCUAUUCUGGAAUAAAAAGGUCCAGACUAACUCACUCUUCUAUUCGGAUUAAGCGACAGGAAGAACUCUGUGUAGUUUGUGGUGAUAAAGCAUCAGGAUAUCAUUAUAAUGCACUUACUUGCGAAGGUUGCAAGGGUUUUUUUCGACGUAGUAUCACCAAAAAUGCAGUAUAUCACUGCAAGAAUGGUGGCCACUGUGAAAUGGACAUGUACAUGCGUAGGAAAUGUCAAGAGUGCAGACUGAAAAAGUGUAAGGCAGUAGGAAUGCUGGCAGAAUGUUUGCUCACAGAAAUUCAAUGCAAAUCAAAGAGACUUAGAAAGAACUUUAAACAGAAGAAUAGUUUUUACUCUAGCAUCAAAGUGGAAGAGGAAGGACUAGACAACAAGCUUGUAUCAUCCACCAGUAGAGCUGGAAAAAUGAUUAAGGAGAGCAUGAAACUAACUCAAGAGGAACAUCAGCUCAUUAAUAACAUUGUGGCUGCUCAUCAAAAAUAUACAAUUCCUUUAGAGGAAACAAAGAAAUUUCUGCAGAAGUAUGUAAAUCCUGAACUGAGCUUUUUGAGACUCUCGGAGACAGUGGUCCUACACCUACAGGGGUUAAUGGAUUUUACCAAGGGACUCCCAGGAUUUGAAAAUUUGACAGCUGAGGACCAGACUGCAUUAUGCAAAGGAUCAAAAACUGAAGUGAUGUUCCUUCAUGGGGCCCAACUUUACAGUCAGAAAGAAUGUCUUUCAUCAGCUUCUGAAAGUCCUAUGAGAAUAUCAGAUCAUUCAUUGAAUUUUCCCAAUCAGAGUGAUAAUAGAAGUGUCAUUUAUUCUAUGGAAACAUUUUGCAAUGAAGACUGUCCACCUACUACACUGACUGGUAUUGCUGAAGAAUUUAUUACCACAUUAUUUUGCUUCUACAGAAGAAUGAGUGAACUUAAUAUUACUAAUACUGAAUAUGCUCUGCUUGCAGCAACAACUGUGUUUUUUUCAGAUCGUCCAUACCUUACGGAUAAGCAGCAUGUGGAAAAUAUACAAGAACCCAUUUUACAAAUUUUGUACAAAUAUUCAAAAAUUUAUCAUCCAGAAGACCUACAGCAUUUUGCUCGUCUCAUAGGGAGGCUCACUGAACUGAGAACACUGAAUCACAAUUACUCAGAAAUACUUAGCAUCUGGAAAGCAAAGGACCCUAAAUUGGCUAGUUCACUCUUGGAGAAAUGGAAUUUGUAUUCACAUUGUUGA